AUGGCUGCUAGUUGGGCUCAACCUCCACCACCUCCACCUUCUGAUAUAGAUGAAGAGGAGGAGGCAUAUCGAAUUGGUAUUGAGAACGCACACUCCCAGGAAAGUAGCAACAGUCAGCCUCCACCACGAUGGCAACCAGAAAAUCUUCUCGGAGGACUAACGAUGUUAACAAUGUCAGAAAAGGAAGCUCAACGACAUAACAAUCAAGAGGAAUUAAAUGCUAAACGUAUUUCCAACGAAGAUAGUCCAAUUUCAAAAAUCUCAUCAGACAAACCAUCCUCAAGUAAUUCAUUGCAGAUCUUCAAUCGCUCUAAUUCAACCCCAAUUGAAUUCGUACAAAGGUUUGUAUGCAAAUAA